GCGACCGGACACGCGCGUUUAGGGUCGUGUUGACCGGGAGGAAAGUCGCGUGCACGUGAAUCUCGGCUGCGUGAAUUCCAUACCUGUGUGGAGGCCAUAAAGGGGUCUUAACACACGUACAAAACGCAGCUUAAACGAAGUAUCCUCCUUCUGUCUGAUCGACUUUUGUCUUGCGGCAUUCCUACGUUACACGACAUAAAACACGCCCCUCCGUGGUAACGCGGAAUAAAUAAAAAAAACAUUCUGGACAUAAAGUGUGCGACGGGGCGACAGCAGAGUUGUAAAGAACCGACUUUAACUGAAGCAUGGCGGAAGUCAAUGGUAGUGCUGCUCAGGUGAAAGAGGAAGAGGAACCUAUGGAUACUUCAAACACAACUCAUUCAGAGUAUUACCAGAUACUUACCAUUGCGGGGCUACCCCAGAAAGUAGCAGAAAGGCUUGAUGAGAUUUUUCAGACAGGUUUGGUGACAUAUGACGACCUGGAUGAAAGGGCAAUUGAUGCUCUGAUUGAGUUUAAUGAAGAAGGGGCUCUGUCUGUGCUUCAGCAGUUUAAAGAGAGUGAUCUUUCACAUGUUCAGAAUAAAAGUGCAUUUUUGUGCGGUGUAAUGAAAACCUACAGACAAAGGGAGAAACAAGGAAGCAAAGUUCAGGAAUCAACCAAAGGUCCAGAUGAGUCAAAGAUUAAGGCAUUAUUGGAGCGUACAGGGUACACUUUGGAUGUAACUACAGGACAAAGAAAAUAUGGUGGCCCACCCCCUGAGCAAGUAUAUUCAGGGCAACAACCAGGAGUGGGAACUGAGGUUUUUGUAGGUAAAAUUCCAAGAGAUCUAUAUGAAGAUGAGCUGGUUCCACUGUUUGAAAAAGCUGGUCCUAUUUGGGAUCUGCGCCUUAUGAUGGAUCCUCUUUCGGGACAAAACAGAGGCUAUGCAUUCAUCACUUUCUGCAGCAAGGAUGCAGCACAGGAGGCAGUUAAACUUUGUGAUAACUGUGAAAUACGAUCUGGAAAGUAUCUUGGUGUUUGCAUCUCUGUUGCAAAUAAUCGACUAUUUGUUGGGUCUAUUCCAAAGAACAAGACCAAAGAAAGUAUCUUUGAGGAUUUCAGCAAAGUUACAGAGGGCCUUGUGGAUGUGAUACUGUAUCAUCAGCCUGAUGAUAAGAAGAAAAACAGAGGCUUCUGUUUCCUUGAGUAUGAAGAUCAUAAAUCUGCUGCACAGGCAAGGCGCAGGUUAAUGAGUGGAAAAGUUAAAGUGUGGGGCAACCCGGUCACUGUUGAAUGGGCAGACCCUGUAGAAGAACCAGAUCCAGAGGUGAUGGCAAAGGUGAAAGUUCUAUUUGUGAGAAAUCUUGCUACUUCUGUGACUGAGGAACUCUUAGAAAGGACUUUUUCAGAGUUUGGAAAGUUGGAGCGAGUCAAGAAACUUAAAGAUUAUGCAUUUGUUCAUUUUGAGGACCGAGAUGCUGCUGUUAAAGCAAUGCAGGAAAUGAAUGGAAAGGAGUUAGAGGGAGAGGAGAUUGAAAUAGUUCUUGCAAAACCCCCAGAUAAGAAGAGAAAAGAACGGCAAGCUGCUAGACAGACCACCAGAAGCACAGGGUAUGAAGAUUAUUACUAUUACCCACCACCGCGUAUGCCACCUCCUGUUAGGGGCAGAGGUAGGGGAGGGAGAGGUGGAUAUUUGUACCCUCCAGAUUACUACAGCUAUGAAGAGUACUACGAUGAUUACUAUGGGUAUGAUUACCAUGACUAUCGCGGUGGCUAUGAAGAUCCAUAUUAUGGUUAUGAUGAUGGCUAUACAGUGAGAGGAAGAGGCAGCCGAGUCAGUAGAGGUGCUCCCCCUCCUCCUCCUAGAGGCCGUGGUGCUCCUCUCCCAAGAGGUCGAGUUGGGUAUUCCCAGCGAGGGGCACCUAUGGGUGUCCCACGUGGUGCCCGUGGUGGUAGAGGUGGUCCAUCCCAACAGCAGAGGGGCCGUGGUGGUCGUGGUGCCAGAGGGAAUCGUGGUGGUAAUGUAGGUGGAAAGCGGAAAGCAGAUGGGUAUAAUCAACCGGAUUCCAAGCGCCGCCAGACCAACAACCAGCAGAACUGGGGCUCCCAACCCAUCGCUCAACAGCCUCUUCACCAAGGAGGCGACUAUUCUGGUAACUAUGGUUACAAUAAUGACAACCAAGAGUUUUAUCAGGAUUCUUAUGGGCAACAGUGGAAAUAGACAGAAUGAGGGCACUGGAAUUAAAAGGAGAUUGGCAACAACUUGAUUGGCUUAAAAUGCUUCAUCCUUCAAACAAAAGUAAAAACAUACAAAAAAAGAAUUGGCUUUAACUCUUCAUUUCUCAAAAAUCGAUUGGCUGUACUCUGUAUUGGGCUGAAGAUGAGAAUUUCUUUGUGUUCAUACACACUUUUCAUUAUUGCUUAUAUCUUUCCUUUCAUAGUGGUACAUGGGACAUUUUUGGCUCUGAGAACAUGGCAGUAAAUUGAUUUUCAUUUUUAUUUCAUUUUUGGUUUCUACUUUUGAAUCUAAAUUUUACCAUCUUAAAGUGGAUACUCAUUUUGAAAACCUUGCGGAAGCCAGUUUAAUCAUGAUUAUCCUGCAGGAAUCAAAUGUGUGUUUUUCCCGGACUUUUUCCCAUAAGAUUGUGAUAGACUGCCAUAGUAAUCUGCUUGUACAUAACGGCUUAAAGCUGGAGCUUCAUGCUCAAAUGUUUUAAAAAGCUUAAAGAAAAAUCCACAGGAAAAAGUAUACAGAUUUCUUGUACUGGGAAUUAACAUAUACUUGUAUGUUAAACAUUUGUAGCAGUAGGUUUAUUGUGUUUUUAAACUGUUAUAAUUUGAAAACGUUUUUGCAAAAUUGCCCUAGAAAAUUUGGUUUGGCUAAACCAUAAGAGCUGUGGCAAUCUGUUCUUUACUGUGAUUGUAUUUAUAACUUGUUCUUGUUACAUUUCAAUAAAACUCUAAAAUAUACCAUUCAAUUAUAA